GCCGGACUGGGCAGCGCGGUGAAACAGUCCUAGGGUCGGGAUGCAUCUCCCAGCCACCGGGGAAAGCACUACCCUACGCUAACUCCCAGAUCACAUCCAGGGAGGGCAGCCGGCAACGCCCGCGGGAAUGGAGGGAGGCUGUGCCCCCCAGGUAGGGACCUCGGGGUCCCGGUACCUGAAGUCCAGGGAAGCCGCGACUUUGGGGCAGAACCAUUCUCCGGAGGUGGAGAGGAGAGUAGAAACUCUGCACUCGGAACAAAGCCCAUGGAACCGGCCGGAACCGCCAUUUGACUCUCUCCGUGUUCUGAUUUUUUGCGCUCUGCUCCACCACCUCCGUCCCCUCGCGCGCGACUCCCAGUCCCGGGCACCACUGGUUGCUCCCUGGCUGCCCCCUCCCGCGCGUGGUACGGGCAGGCGGGCGAGCACUCCAGGCGCAGGUUAUAAAGGCGGGGCUGCGGCAGCAGACUGCGGACUCAAGAUGCGCCCGAAAGAGCCCGGGCAAGGCCUCGUGGGGCACCGCUUCAGAACCCGGGCUCCAGCGGGAGUCACCCCCGCACCCCCACCCGCAGCCCAUUCCGCUCCAGAGCCCUCAGCGCAGCCUGCACCCGCCCCUGCGCAGGCACUGACUGAAGGACCGCGAACGGGAUCCAGAUCCCCAUCCGUCUCGGGACCCGCCCCCGCCGGAGCUCGCCCGACCUCCAAGGCUGGAUCCCCGACGGGAACACCGCGCGCGUCCGCAUUCGCCGCCGCCCAGCGGAAUGCCCAGUUUGGGCCCGGCAACUCGGACGCGCAGUGGACUCGCUUCAUAUUCCGAGGGCCCUUUGGUCCCCGGGCCACUGGCCUGGGGACUGAGAAGGCGGCGGGCAUCUGGAAGACGCCGGCCGCCUACAUCGGACGGCGGCCUGGGGUGUCGGGCCCCGAGCACGCCGCCUUUAUUCGGGAGCUGGAGGAAGCGCUGUGCCCCGACCAACCCCCACCAGCCGAGAUCACCCAAGAAGAUGUCAAAGUGAUGUUAAAUUUGCUAGAGAAGCUGGGUACUGCUUUCCCUUAUUCCCCGUGGAUGGGGGUCCCUCUGCAGAGAGAGCGGGACCUAAAUACUGUGGCUCGCAUUGGCCAGUCCCUGGUGAGACAGAACAGUGUUCUGAUGGGGGAGCACAGCAAACUGGAAGCCAUGCUGGGCUCAGCCAGGGAGGACGUAACCGGGCAGGGAGGAGGGGAGGGAGUGUGCCAUCUCAGACCUACCUACAGCACCCCCACCCCGCCCCGUGCCUGGACCUGUGCUCGCCCCUGCCUGCGUUCCGACGGGGCCCCUCUCCCUGACUGCCAGAUUUUACACCUCAGAUACCAGGUGAGCUUGAGAGAUGACCUCCUUCAGCUCUACUCAGACUCUGAGGAGGAGGAGGAGGAGGAAGAAGAGGAGGAGGAGCCGGAGGAGGAAGAGCAGCAGUACUAUCAUUCCUAUGGAGCCCCUGAGCCGACUUGUCUGCGGGAGACGGAGGUCCUGCACGACUGCCCGCAGCUGGAAGCCCUGCAGGAGCAGCUGAGGCUGCUGGAGGAGGAGAACGAGCAGCUGAGGAGGAUUUUGCGGACCCCCCCACCCCCCGCAGGAGCUGAGGGGCGGGGGGGACAGAGGCAGUGGGAGGACCAGACUGGUCCCCGAAGGCCAAGGGGACCGGAGCCGAGCUUCUGUCCCCGCUUGUCACCAGCCGAGGCCAGCCAGCAGGUGGCUGAGCUGUCAGAGGUGCUGGUGCUCAGGAGGGAGGCCCAGGACCAGUAGCAGAGGGAGGUCACCCAGCUGCGGGCCCAGGUCCUGAAGCUGCAGCAACGCUGCCAGUCGGAGGCCCUUCCUGGUUUUCAGGAGGCCCUGGCUGAGGAGCUCAGAAGGUCUAUAAGGAUUAUCUCGGACCCUGUGUUUUUUAUGGAAAGGAAUCAUGGGAAGACUGAGAAGGAGGAGAUGUCACACCUGGGAUACAGGCUGUGCUGCAGUGAGGUGCGAGAGCAGGACCGGGGCUUAGAGGCUGAGAAGGGGUUACUGACAGCAGAGGAUUUUGUGGCGGAAGAUUUUGUGCCUGUGGAGGAAUUGGUGUCUGAGGAGGAACUGGGGGCCACAGAAGAGGUGGCGUCAGCUGAGGAGGGGGCAACAGAAGAGGCAGAGCUGGUGUCUGAGGAGGCCGAGGCCUGGGAGGAGGUGGACCCGGAGCUGGAUGAGGCAACGCAGGGGAACGUAGUGACCUCAGUGCUGGAGGCUAGCGGCUUGGGCCCCUCUCGCCUAAACAUGAAGCGUGUCCUCCAGCAACUGGCUAACUGGCUGGAUGCGCAUUAUAGUCGGCAGCUGAGGCCGAAGAUGCUCCAGAAAGGUGAGUGCUCCCACAGGGGCCUCCCUCCGGCCAGCCAGACCAGCUACAGAUCAUCAAUGAAAGGUGAGGGUAGGUGAGCCCCCCAAAUGCUCACUUACCCCAGCUUGGCCUCACCCAGUGUGGUGAUUUGCAUGGAAUUUGCAUAUCAUUUGGAUAGGCACCUCCAGGUUCCUUCAGUGGGAACUAUGGCCCCAGGGCUCAUUUAUGUGGAAUUUGCUUAGGAUUCCAGAUCUCUACCCCUUUUUCUCCUGGGGGUCUGGGCUGAAGGUCAUGACCAGGACUGCAGCCCCCUACUGUGCCUCUGCUUCCCGUCUCUGCUGCCCCCUUCUCCCUGUCUCCCACUCUGCCACCCGAUCCCCGAGGCUUCCCAGCCCUCCAGUAGUGACAGCAACAGGUACAGGGAGCGGAUCAGAGCAGCAGCCCGGGGUGCUGACCCAGCCCUUUCAGAGGCUGGAGGAGGACUGGGCCAACCAUCCUCCCAGGGCCUGGGAGGAAGAGGGGUGUUCUGGGGCCACCCAGGCCACUGGGACAAAGGUCUCUGCCAGCAAGGGUCGCAGCUGGACCAGCCCCCUGGGCUUUGCUGGUUCCCAGCAGCCUGCAGAGGCCCCACAGACAGCCUGAGGCCCCUCCUUCAGCUGCUUGGCCAAGUCCCACCUACCCCAGACCCUCCUUCUCAUCCCCCCAAACAGGACCCCCCUGUCUGUCACUGGCCUGCCUUCUGUCCCACGAACCUGGGCUGGGGCUUGAGGACCCAAGCCUCCACUCUUUGCAGCCGGUGCAAAAGCUAGUUCAGGUUGCUGGGCCUGGGGUCACAUGGUAGCCCAGGGGAUGGGGGUGCCUGAGGGGAGGUCUGUCUGCUGCCAGACCUGGCUUUGAGCUGGGGGUGGGGCUCAGACACCGGUGUAGGAAGGUGUUCUGACUACCUUUCUAACGACAGGCCCUUGAGCCUCAAGUUAAAGGUGGCCCCUGAGUCCUUGCUGACUUUUAGGGACCUGGCCUUCUUCCUCCAUUCUUGGUCCUUUCUUCUCAGUCCCUAACUACUGCUGGUAACCAAGAGUAUCUCUCUGUGUGGGUGAGGGGUCCCUCCGCCCACUGGGGGGCCUCCUCCCGCCCCGCCCCCAUCUCCCUGCCUGUGGCCCGUGUGUCCAGGCUCCCUGCCCAUUGCUCCUUCCCCCUGGUCCUCCCCUCAGUCCUCUGUGCCUCUCCUUUCUUCAUUCUAGAUGUUCUGCCCUUUCCCACUCUUUACUCCUAAACAGCUGGAGUCUGGGGCUCCCCCGCCUCCUGCCCACUUCAGUCUGGCUCUGUUCCUGCUGUGUUGCUCACUCUCCUGUUAGUCACUUGUCAGCCUGUGCACCUGCUCGUGCAGGAAAUAAAGGACCUGUGCACUACCUGG